UCCAAGAUUAGGGUUUUCAGAGCUCAAAAAAAUCCCCUCUCAAAUUCCCCCAAAUCUUAUAUCAAUUUCUCCCAAAUCCUAUCUCAAUUUUUCAAAUUUCAAAUUCGCGGAAACCUAAUUAGGUCCUGAAUUUCUGAUUCGUUGAAAAUUUUGCUCUCUCAAGAGAGAAUUUGUGUUUCGCUGAGGAAGCGAAAAAAUUAGGGGAAUAAUGGAAACGCAGAGGAUAAUGGAAUUUCCUCACAAGAAUAUGGAUAAGCGGCCGAGGAAGAGACCUCGAUUAGCAUGGGAUAUGCCCCCUCCUCUUCCUCCUCCCGAGCUGCUCCCGGCAUUUUAUUGCGGGCAGGAGUUUGGGAAUGGGCCGAUCCCGAAUUACACAUACACGUCUAUGUUUUAUGGGGGAGUGCCUCGAAAUGCUUCCCCUCCAUGGAGACCUGAUGAUAAAGAUGGUCAUUACGUGUUCGGCAUCGGAGAAAAUCUAACCCCUCGAUAUAGAAUUCUCAGCAAAAUGGGAGAGGGGACUUUUGGGCAAGUGUUAGAGUGUAUUGACAACGAAAAGAAAGAACUUGUGGCAAUCAAAAUUGUCCGCUCCAUACAUAAGUAUCGUGAAGCUGCGAUGAUUGAAAUUGAUGUCCUACAAAGGCUUGCAAGGCAUGAUAUUGGUGGCACUCGUUGUGUGCAAAUACGGAAUUGGUUUGACUAUCGUAAUCAUAUUUGUAUUGUGUUUGAGAAGCUUGGACCUAGCUUAUACGAUUUUCUUCGCAAAAACAGCUAUCGUUCAUUUCCCAUUGAUCUUGUUCGGGAGCUUGGCAGACAACUUUUGGAGUCUGUAGCAUUUAUGCAUGAUUUACGCCUUAUUCAUACUGAUUUGAAGCCAGAGAAUAUUCUACUUGUGUCCGCCGACUACAUUAAAGUGCCAGACUAUAAGUUUCUAUCACGUUGGACUAAAGAGGGUUCCUAUUUCAAGAAUCUGCCCAAGUCAAGUGCCAUUAAGCUCAUUGAUUUUGGGAGUACAACAUUUGAACAUCAGGAUCACAGCUAUGUGGUGUCAACACGCCAUUAUCGUGCACCGGAGGUCAUUUUGGGACUUGGAUGGAAUUAUCCUUGUGAUAUAUGGAGCAUUGGCUGCAUACUUGUUGAACUUUGCUCGGGUGAGGCCCUUUUUCAAACACAUGAAAACUUGGAGCAUCUUGCCAUGAUGGAGAGGGUUUUGGGCCCACUACCACAACAUAUGGUGGUUAGAGCUGACCGUCGUGCUGACAAAUAUUUUAGAAGGGGAGCACGACUAGAUUGGCCUGACGGUGCAACUUCUAGAGAAAGCAUGAGAGCAGUUUGCAAGUUGCCCCGGCUUCCGAACCUAAUAAUGCAGCAUGUGGACCACUCUGCUGGUGAUUUGAUCGAGCUCUUGCAAGGGCUCCUAAGAUACGACCCGGCAGAGCGCCUCAAGGCUAGGGAAGCGCUAAGACAUCCCUUCUUCACUAGAGAUAUGAGAAGGGGUGGCUACCCCUUGUAAUCAACGGCCCUCAUCUAUAGAUCACGAGCACGAGCUUACCAGAAAAGAUUGAAAGAUGUCAAAUGAGUUGAAAAACCAGUUGUGAGUUUUCGAUUGUACGAUUGUUAAUGUAUAGUAAAGCUUACCCCAUACCUGUCUCCCUGCAAUUUCUUAUACUGGUUGUCUUGUUCUAAAGCGAUCGCUUCUGGUUUACAUUUUCAUGAUUUUCAGCUUGACCAGAAAACAUAAAUAUAACUUGCGUGUUGUUUUUGUGUUU